AUGUAUAAAUUGUAUAAUGCUUUUUUUUUUUUGCAUAUCAGUAGAAAAAUAAGCAAUGUUAAGAAUGUAAUAAUUCACACCAGAGGUAUAAAAAUAUCGAAGAAAUUAUAUUCAGAAUUUUUUAUCUUUAAUUUUGAAAAUGUCGAAAAUUUAAAAAAGAUAAAAGAGACAUCCCCUACUAUUACAACAAAUCAUUUGCCUCAAAAUGUUGAUGAAAAUAAAAAAGACGAAAAAAAACUCCAAUUAUAUGAAAAUAUUUUGGAUAAAUCGAGGCUAAAAAAAACAAGAAAAGUAUUAUCAUUAGUAAAAAAUAAAUUAAUAAAUUAUGAGCAAAUAUAUUUGAAUAGAUAUUUUUUUAUAUUUUAUAAAAAUAUCGAUUGUCUCUUAGAUUUCGAAAUCAUUAAUAUCGUCUAUUUGGCUGUAAAAUAUAAAAAAUAUCAAUUUUUAAGAAACAUUGAUGAUGAUAAUAAUGUAAAUUAUGGGGUGGCAACAAAUAACUAUUAUAAUAAUCUUACACAUCAAAGUGAUGCAUUAAACAGUGUUACUGUUGAUGAUAUAUCAGAUCAUAUAAUAACGCAAAGAAAUGAAAUAAAUCAAGAAAACAUAAUUUAUUCCGAUAUAAAAAAUUCGGAUAUUCUUGAAGAUAAUACAUUUGAAAAAGAACAAAAUGAUAAUACUCACAAUAUGCUUAACAAUGUAAUAAAUACAAAGUUAGAUAAACCUCCUAAAUUAAUGCAACAAAAUAAUGUUAAACAAAAGAGCAUAGAUUAUGUACAAAUAUUUCUUUACAAAUUUAUAAAAUUAUUAAGAGAAAAAAAAAAAAAAAUUAAUGUAACGAUAUUCGAUUUAUAUAAAUUAACAUAUUCUAUAAACUAUUAUAAAAUGUGUAUGGGACAAAAAAAAACUCUUAACAAAAAUAAUAAAGGAAAUUUAAAUAUUGACAUUAGCUAUAUAAUUACAUAUUUAUGUGUAUUUUUAAAAAAUGAAAUUUAUAAUAUCCAUGAAAAUAAUAACAAAAAUCAAAUAAAAAAUGAGAAAGACUUAAAUAAUCUUUUAAACAUAUUAAUAAUGGGACAGAAUAAUUUAAAUGUAUAUUUUUUUAAUUUAUUUUACGAUUAUUUAUUUAUAAUUUUAAAAAAAAAUAUAUAUCCAUUAUCAAUUAAAAAUAUAUGCUUAUUAUUACAAAUAAAUAAAUUUGAAAAGACUCAAUAUGAUCCUUUUUUUUUUUUUUUAAUUUUUAAUAACCAAAAAUAUAGAAAAAAUGAAGAUAUUAAUAAAUAUGAUCAGAAAAAUUCUGUAGAUAUAAUUACUAAAACACCAUUUACAUUGAAGGAUAUAAAUUAUUUAUUUUUUUAUCAACUAAAAAAUAAUGUAAUAUAUAAUAAUAGCUCUUUUAAUAUUUAUCUUAUUAAUACAUUAUUAAAAUCUGAAGUAAAUUCUUUUGAAUUUAUACAAAAUGUUGAAUUAUUUUCUUUGAUGUUACUACAUUAUGAUUAUUCAAAUUUUUAUUUUAAUGAAAUAUAUGAAAAAUAUGUUGAGCUUAUUUAUAAAAUGCAAUUAUAUAGUCGAGAAAUGUCUAGACAUGUAAUAAAUCAAGAUGAAAUAAAUAGCUAUCAUUAUAAAUUUGAAAAUAAAAAUGAAAAAACAAAUAUUUAUUUAAAUAUAAAAUUUAUUAGUACCUUUUCUUUGGCAUUGUAUAUAAUUCGAAACAAUUUACACAUUAAUGAAGAAUUUUAUUUGUAUAUAUUUUAUUUGUUUAAUAAUUAUUCUCAUUUAUUAACUCCAUAUGAAUAUGUAAUAUUUUUAAAUUUUAUAUAUUAUUCUAAUUUAAAAAAUGAACAAUAUUUUAGAAAAAACAAUUUGUAUAAAAAUACAACCAAAUUCUUUAUAAACACUGGAACCAAUGAUAUGGAAUAUCUACCUAUUGAUGAUAACAUUUUUUUUUUAUGUAUUUACAAAAAAAUACAACGAAUUUAUUUAUAUAACAAUGAUGUAGAUUUGAAAAACGGUAGUAACAUACAUCACUAUACAAAUUUUAAUUCAAACAUGUGUAACAUUAUGCCUGUACAAAUUAUUAAUAAUACAGAAAAUGAAAGUUAUAAUAAUAAGUUGGGGAAUGACAAAUUAAUAGAAGAUAAAAGCAACAUUGAAAAAAAAAAAAUAAAUAAAAAUGAUAUAAUAACGAAACUAGAAGAACAAAAUAAAAAUGACAUAACUAUAAUAAAUAUAAAAAAUAAAAGUUAUUUUAUGCACAUAUUGGACAUAUUAUUAUUGCUUAAAAAUAAUAGUUACGAUCAAAAGUUUAGUGACUAUUUAUUUAAUUUUUUUGACAAAAAUGUGUGGAAAUACAAUAUCAAUAUUUUUGAUAUUGACAAAAUUUUAUUUUCUUAUACACAAUUAAAUAUACAAAGAAAUUCUAUAAAUUUAUAUUUGUUAAAUUUUAUAGAAAUUGUAAAAAAAAACAUUAUUUCCAAUGAUAAUAUUGAAAAGGAAACAUAUAUAUUUUCUUCCAUGUGUAACAUAUUGCUAUCUUUCUCAGAAUUAAAUAUACGAGAUAUCAUUGAUCUUGACAUAUUCGAAAAACAUAUACUUAUAAAUAUAGACAAAAUAAAUAUAAAUUCAAUUUUGAUUUUAAUACAACAUUUUAUUUUAAGAGAAGAAAAAAAAGAAAAUGUAUCUAUAAUUAUAUUUUUACUAUUAAAUUAUAUAAAGAAAAAAUAUGGAAUUAAUAAAAAUAAUAUCAAUACUAAUGAAGAUGGGGAUAUAGACAAAACAUUAGCAUCCUCGUUAAAAGAGUUAAAAAAAAAAAAUGAUAAAAAUUAUGAUUUUAUAAAAAAUUAUUUGGAUGAAAAGAAACAUAUAUAUGUAUCAAAUAAAACAAAUCAACAAAAUUCAAGUUAUAUAAAUAAGAACAAAUUACAAAACAUUUCUAUUAGAAAUAAAAAUUAUAAUUUAUUAUUUAAAAAAAAAAAUGAAGAUGAUAAUUACGAGUUUUUACUUAUCAGAUUUAUUUUUAUUUAUAUCUUUACACAUUCAAAUUUAUUUCAUGACAACUUUAAUUAUUAUUACAUACAUGGAGAAAUUUAUGAACAAAAUUAUUAUAAAAAUAUGUUGAAUAAUUUUAAUAAAAUUAUAUUACACUUGAAAACUAAUUUUAUGGAUGUUUUAAAUAUCAAAGAAUAUGAAAAUUUCCAAACUGAUGAGUUAAAUAAUCUUUAUUAUGAUUAUAAUCAGAUUGAUGGAAUAAAAAAACAAAAUUUGUAUCCAUAUGAUACUAAAAAAUGUGACAAUACUACUGGGGAAAUAAAUAUGAGCUUAUCUGUAAACAAUAUUAUAAGUGAAGACAAACAAACUGAAACCCUUUCAAACAUAUCAUGUUCCACUGAAAAAAAUAUAGAAAAUAAAUAUAACAUAUUAAGUAAACAAAACUUUUCUUUGUUAAUAAAUUAUUUUUUAUUUAUUUUUAAACAUAAUAUAAAUUUUAUUGUACAAGACAAAAAUUUUAUAGAGAAUAUGAAAAUGCAACAUUUUUUUGUAAAAAAAUUCAAAAAUUUAUAUUAUAAUUAUAAAUAUUCAUAUAUUUAUAGAAAUAUAAUAUUAUCCAUAAUAUAUAAUAUGAAAAAAGCAAAUUCUUUAAGAACAAAUUAUAUUUUAAAUUGCAAAAAUUUGUGUCAAAAUAAUAACAACAGUUACAAUACUAGCGAAAAAAAUAAAAUAGACAUUAAUGAAUAUAUACAAAUUAUUAAAUUUUUCCAACACAUAUGUGUGCAAGAAGGAAAAACACAAAAUUAUAAAAAUAAUGCAUUUUACAAUUAUUUAAAAAAAAAUAAUAUCAAAAUUUUGAAUAAUGAUGAUAUUAAUGAUCAAAGUUAUGAAAUUUUAUAUAAUAGUCCUAUUAUUAAUAAAUUUAGCAAUUAUCAAAUAACAAACAUAUAUAUAAAUACAAUAUUUUUUAAUUAUAUAAUACCUAUGAUUAUCCAAACAAAAGAAGAAAAAUAUUUAGCUGUUCAAAUUAUUUUUAAUUCUAACGAAAAUAUAAAUUCAUAUAUGGUAUCAUUUAACCUUAUGAACAGUUUUUUAAACAAUUACAAUUAUGAUACUAUAUUGAUUAAAAAAUAG